AUGGACUGGGACAAGUUGUUGAACCAAUCCCUGGUGAACUCCUCUACUCCAACUUCUUCCUCAUCUCCAUCAAUGUCUGACACUUCAUCCACCUUCUCUUCCUCUUGCUGCAACUCCUCUCACCCCCUCUUCCUGACUUCCCCAUUGUCAGCCCCGUCCUUUUCCGGCCUGGACCUCCUGUCCGACCUGAAGCUCGUCUUCAUCCCUCUCUACUCAGCCGUGGUCGUGGUCGCCUGCUCUGGCAACCUCCUCCUGCUCUUCCUCAUCUGGCACAACAAGAAAAGACACAACACCACCAACUUUCUCAUCAGCAACCUGGCGCUUGUCGACUUGGUCAUGUGCAUCUUCUGCGUCCCUCUGACUGCAUCCUAUGCUUUUAAUCAGCACGGAUGGGUAUUUGGCCCCUACAUGUGUCAUUUUGUCACUGUCAUGCAGUCUACAGCUGUCUACGCAGCAGUCCUGUCCCUCAUGGCCAUCGCAGUGGAUCGUUACGUGGUUGUGGCUUAUCCCAUCCGCAAAAGAGUAGGGUGCCAGUUCUGCUGGGGUCUCGUGGCCCUGAUCUGGCUGUCUUCUCUGGCUUUAUCCACACCUACAGCACUGCACACCGUCUACCUGGACCUGCGGGCUGCAGGGCUGCAGAUGGCCGUCUGCGAGGAGUUUUGGGAUGGCCAGGAGCAAGGCCGCCUCAUCUACUCCUGUUUCAGUCUCUUCUUCUCCUACUUUGUCCCACUGGCUGCUGUCUCAAUUUCCUACUGUGCGAUAUCCUAUCAGCUGAAGCAGAGGACCAUGUCGGACUUGACAGCGUGUCCGGAGUUGAGAUCUGCGAGGGCUGCAUGGAGCAGACGGAGGAGGAAGACCUUCUACCUGCUGCUGGUGUCUGUCCUCUGUUUCGCUUUCUCAUGGCUCCCCUUACAGGUGGUGAAUCUGAUUCGUGACGUGGACACAGACUUCUCCAUUUUAGGGAAGAAUUACGUGAACGUCAUCCAGGUGUCGAGUCACUUAUUCGCCAUGAGCUCCUCCUGCUACAACCCUUUUAUUUAUGCCUCCUUGCACGACAAGUUCCUGUCCUGUCUGUGUCGCCACUUCCUGUCCUGGAGGAGAGGAAAAGGGAAGGACAGGGGUCAAGGGUCAAGCAUCGUGACAAUGUCACACAGAGUGCAGCGUCUUCACAACUCCACCACUGUGGCAGAUUUAACGGGUGCUGUUGUAAAUAACGCUGGUCCUCAAGACAACUAUGCUUAA